AUUCUGAAGGGUUGCAAAAAUCCGUCACCCGGAAGUACUUAGUCAUUCUUGCCCACUUCAUAGCGGCGUGACCUUGUGCAACGCGUUAUUUUAUGAACGAACCUAUUUAUCGUAACCUUUAAUAGUUGUUUAUUUGAAAUGAUGGUAACGAUAGCAUAAACUAUCAAUUUCUAACAUAGUCAAUAGUCAUAACUGGCAAGCUAUGCUUUCUCUAUUCAAAUCCGCUCUUGUCGGAUUGGCCAACACUGGUAGAUCCACGGGGCUCCAAGGUGUCCUGCAGAGUCAUCGGAAGGUCCUGUCUGCUGGGAUGAAGACAUACGAGGUGCCUCCAGACUACAGCGAGGUUGUGCUACCUGAAAGACCCAAGCUGAAGUUUCUGAACAAGGUGCCCAACUUUAAGAAGGCGAGGAAGGAGAUGAAGAAGCUAAGAGACAUCCAGGGACCAGCCCAGACAGCCAACACCUUCACCAAGGGACAGUAUGGCAUCGUGGCGCUGGGCGGGGGCUACCUCCACUUUGGUCACAUGGAGAUGAUGCGUCUGACCAUCAACAGGAGGAUGGACCCUCGCACCACCUUCGCCCGCUGGCGUAUUAACGCCCCCUACAAGCCCAUCACCAGGAAGGGCCUGGGCCAAAGGAUGGGCGGGGGCAAAGGGAACAUAGACCACUACGUCACACCGGUGAAGUACGGACGGAUGAUUGUGGAGGUUGGGGGACGGCUGGAGCUGGGCGAGGUGGAGCCUAUCCUCAAGGAAGUGGCCAAGAAACUGCCCUUCCCUGCCAAGGUAGUGUCCAGAGAGAGCCUGGCAGCCAUGCAGCAGGAACAGCAGGACAUGGAGCAGAACAACCAGAACCCCUGGACCUUCCAGAGGAUCGCCAGGGGCAACAUGCUGGGGGUCAGGAGGGUCCUCAGCCCCUUUGACCUCCACAACCACGGGAAGUACAGCGGAAAGUUCCACAACCCGGGCAGGGUGUGAGGGAGUCGCCGUGGUGCCCUCAAAUACAUUUUAACAGCUGACUGCAGUUUGGAACAUGGCUUGCAUCCAAAAUGGCUGCCUGUUCGCUGCACUACUUUUGACCAGGUGCCAUGUCAGACACAGCCCAUGGAGCCAAAAUGGCAGCCUGUUCCCUAUUCAGUGCACUACUUUUGACCAGAGCCCGGGUGCUAUGUCAGACGCAGCCCAUGGAGCCAAAAUGGCUGCCUAUUCCCUAUUCGCUGCCUUACUUUUGACCAGGUGCCAUGUCAGACACAGCCCAUGGAGCCAAAAUGGCUGCCUAUUCCCUAUUCGGUGCACUACUUUUGACCAGAGCCCGGGUGCUAUGUCAGACGCAGCCCAUGGAGCCAAAAUGGCUGCGUAUUCCCUAUUCGCUGCACCACUUUUGACCAGAGCCCGGGUGCCAUGUCAGACACAGCCCAUGGAGCCAAAAUGGCUGGCAAUCACGUGGAGAAUUCUCUCCUUCUGUGUGACUUCCUUAUUGGAAUGUAGCCUGUUGUCUGUACCAGAUCAGUGAUUGGUGUUCAAUCAGGUCUCUCCUUCUGUGUGACUCCCUUAUUGGAAUGUAGCCUGUUGUCUGUACCAGAUCAGUGAUUGGUGUUCAAUCAGG